AUGGGAAGAAAGGAUCAAAAGAACAAUAAGAAGGACGUUCAAUUCGUUCAUCACGUAGAGGAUUCUGCAUCUUCUGUUGCUUGUGACGAGUGGGCGAAACCUUUAGUAUUGGAUACGUCAAAGAUUAAAAUUGCCAAAUAUUAUGAGGGGAAGACAGACGAUGAAGAUGACGAGGAGGAUGAAGGUAAUGAUAAUGAGAAUCAAGAUAAAUUAGAGGGAAUACCAGAGGAGCCAAUAGAAACGAAAGAAACAAGCGAUACCCCGCUGUCUGAAAGUGAAGAUGGAGAUCCACCCUCACAGGAGGAAGACAUCUACAAGGAGGAAGGGAAUGAAGAUGCACAUGACUUGGAAGAACAAUCUCAGUCUCCCGAAUGCGACAAGCCCCUAUCGACGACAGGUGAAUUGACUGACUCGAAAUUGAUAGAGUCAACCGCGACUCCGGAAGAAAGUCUAGCGAAUGAUAGUACAGAAGCAGUGCCGGAGCUAGAAUCGAAUCAUAGUUUAGAAAAUCCUUCCGAUCAUACUCCAAAUACAUCCGAUGACAUCCCUCCUUCCGUUCCAGACGCUCCACCAUCAGAAGAUAUACGGGACGACCGAUAUGCACUUAGUAAAAUAGAAUCCCAUCAAUCACAUCCGUCAAUUCAUACAGUUCGUUUCGCCGACGACAUUGCGUCAACAAGUUCCAGAUCAAGAGACAAGAAGAUCAAGAGGAGUAGUAAGGAUAGAAAACCACCUGUGCCCGAAGUCCCACGCAAACCUGAGUCUCUAUUGAGUAAGAAGGUUAAAAGGAGCAGGGAAAGCUCACGGUCUACUGAAGACGGACUACGAGUACCACCAGAAGUUCCAGACCCGCCCCAGCGGAAACAUGCUGAGCUCGAAAAACAUUCGAGGGGGGAGAAAAGGAAGGCAAAGGACCGGAAAGAGAAGGGCGACGCUAAGAAAAGUAGGAGCAAAGGAAGGGAUGCUCCUAAAAUGGCAUUAGUACCAAUACUGAAAUCUUCGGAAACGACAAUACAUAGUGAUGAGUAUAAGUCAGCUGAAAGUAAUAGUGAUGAAGCAGUCCAGGAGCCACAGACAAUUCCAGAUGUUGUUCAGCCAGUAUCAGAUCCAGACCCCCCACCUCUACCAGAAGAUAAACCAAGUGAGAAUAUAGAGGCCGAAGGAAUGAUACCAAUACAAGAAAACUUACCAACAAAACUUGAAGAACAUCCAGAUACCGAGGAGAUACCAACCAGUGAUGUACCAGCUUCAGAUGACGUAAAGGAGGAAGAAGAAAACGUUUCGAGCAUGCAAAACAAUCAGGCCGUCUCCGAGGAACAUGUAGCUACAGAGGAGGCAUCCACAACUGAUGUGCCAAUAGCAGAAGAUUCACAGGUGGGAGGUGGAGAUAUUCCGAGCACAGAAGACAAUCCCGCUGCCAUCGAAGAAUCUCAUGUUGAUGAGGAAGUUCCUGUUACAAAGGAAAUGGUUGAAGUUGAGGAUGAUAAGCUUAUUGCUGAAAAUGGGAUGGAGAUCAAUGCGGAAGAGCCCAACAGUGAGGUUGUUUCGGAAGCUGCAGUGGAAAGCCCUAUCGAUGACGAGAGUCCUUUACCGGAUGAAAAUGAUCCACAAGAUCCGGAAGUGGCUGAAAAGAGCUCGAGCAGCGAAGAUAUUUCAACUGGUACCGAGGAGAUGUCAGCCCCUGGGGAAGAGGCCUUAGAACCUGUCGAAUCCACACCAAUAACUGCCACCGGCGAAGAAAUUUCAAGCUCCCUGGAGACACCCACAACAAUCGAUGAGCCUCAACCAGAGGAUGAUACUCACUCUAGUGACGAACCGGCUAUGCUGGAAGAAAGUACACCUAAUGAUGACGAAGUACCACCUCUCAUCGAUCAUGUAUCCGGGGAAAACGUUGGAUCAGACCCCAAAGUCGAACUUGACGCGAACGAGAAAUCAAUCGAGGAAAAGUCUUCUGAAGAGUCCGUUUCUGAAGAAGUCUCCGACCCAACCGAGCCAGUAUCUCUACCUGUCCAGGAGCCAGUAACGAUCGAAAGUGAUGUUCAAGACGAGGAGAAAGAAGAAUUAAAUCAUAUCGAUCAUGAGACUUUGGACACUCCAGAAGAAGUUGUUCCGGACCAAACAGACAUAGAAGAUACAAAAGAUGAGCCUAUUCAACCAAUCGAAGCCGAGACGCCUAGUCCCGAAGAAGCUGGACCCGAAAGUGUUGAAACUCUUGAAGAGGCAAAUAAUCAUACCGAUGAAGAAUCUAAGCCAAAUGAACCUUCUCCUCACUCAAGCGAGGACAAUCCGGCGGAGACAGAGCCUAACAGUGUCGAUAACGAUAUUCUGACCCCCGAGGAUCCGACUGUUACUACCGAGACUAAUGAGCUGGCAGAUCACGUGGAAGACUCUAAUGUCGAGGAUGAUGUCAUUCAAGAAUUACCACAAUCAAGCGAUUCCGAUGACAGUCCAGCCAUUGAAAACAAGGUUUCUGGAGAUUCUACCGAGGAGAGUCCUGAAAUCAGCCCAGAUACAGAAAGCGUUGAACCCAACGAUAACGUCCUAGAUAUUCCAGCUACAAUCGAAAAGUCACCUCAGAGCCAAGAAGAUGCCCUCGUCAACCCCGAAGCUCUGGAAUCUGAUGCAAAAGUCGAACAAUUGCCAAUCGGGAGUGAAAAUGCUCAAGAAACUCCAGUAAAAGACGAAGCUUCGGACGAGAGUCCUUCGGAUGAUCCACAACCUAUAGUCGAGGGAGAUUCAACACCAGAAACGUCUGUGGAAGAGGAAGCUUCGGACAAGAGUCAUUCGGAUGAUUCAAAAGCCAUAAUCGAGAAACAUUCAACACCGGAAACGUCCGCGGCAGUUGAAGACACGUCUACCGAUACGGGAGAAAGCAAUGAGAGUCCAGAAAAUGAAGAAACACCGAUGACAAUUGAUCAAACCUCCAACGAGGCAGAAAGUGCUCCAGAAUUACCGGAAUCUGAAGAAAGUCUAACGGAGAUUGAGGAAUGUCAAGAACCACAAGCAAAUGACGAUACAUUAAAACAACUCGAGAACGGCGUUGUACCGGCAGUGGUUCAGGAUGACUUGGAGCCGGAGAAUGCCUCAUUAGGAGAUGUUGAAGAUGUUCAUGGAUCCUCCGAAGAUGACGAGAUAGCAGAUUUACUCAUGCCUGAACAAGAUCCCGUAGUGAUUGAGGAGACAUCCAAUCAUCCAGAAAACGUGCCAACAGAAGAUGCUUUAGACAAGACGGAAGCGAUCCAAGAAUCUCCAGAACCCGACCCAGUGCCUAAGGCUGACAAUGAAACCGUUCCUGUCAAUACCGAAAACACUAUGGAACAACCAAGCGAGGAAUCUCAAGUUGAAUCUGGAGAGGAACAGCUUUCCAAUGAAACUCAAGAAUUGCCGGCUAGCAAUGAACAGCAAAAAGAAAUCCAUCAAGAUCCUCCUCAGGAUCCGAAUGACAGUUUCGCACAAACAACUCCAGAUAACACCAAUCCCGAGCCAAUUGAAGAACCUCAAAUCGAGCUGCCUCCUACCGAGCACGAUGACGAAAUCGAGGGCAAAGAGUUGAAGGAAUCCGAUCCAAUCGAAUCGGAAAACGAGGCAUCAAGUUGGGAUGGCGAUUCAAAUGAUGAAGAUUCAGAAUCUGGUAACCAACACGAGGAUGAGAACUCAUCUGUUACCGAAGAAAAUGGCCUUGAAUCGGCAGGCAGUGAGGAGAAGCAUUUGCAUGAGACAGAAGAAAUCAAUGCUCCGGUUCUUGACAACGAAUCAGAUGAAGUUCCAGUUCCUUCCUUGGAUAAUGCACCCAAAUCAUUGGACGGAGAAGCUGAUGUUCAACUUGAUGAAACAGCAAACAUCGAUAACACCAAUAAUCCUAUCCCUGGAGAGGAACCCGUCGAGGGCAUCCCCGAGGCCGUAGAGGAGAAUAAUCAGCCAGCUGUAACAGCUACCGUUGGAGAUCCCGAUACUCCUGUUCACGAGGAAGAACCCCCCGAAGACCUGCAGGUAUCCGUUGCGGACAACCUUUCCGAAGCGGUGGUUGAGAAGGAUGCUAUUCAGCCAAGCGAAGACAUCGAUAUUGCAGAAGUUCACGAACCCGAAAGAGAAGUUAUCGAAAAUACAGAGGCCCCUGCCGUUGAAAGUCUUCCCGGAUUAGUCAGUGAAGGAGAUAGAAUUGUUGAGACUUCGGAAACAGACCCAUCCCAGGAAAUUGGCAAUCCUACCCAAGAGUUAGGGGAAGACCCAGAAACACUCGUUAUCGAAGGUGAUACUCCCAAGGUAGUCGUCGAGGAAGAAGGAUCAGUACAUCCAGAAAGAGCAGUUCAUGACGAGGAGACCGAAAUUCCAGUGCCCGAGGACGAAUCUGACCAGAGCCCGGAUGCCCCUGCCAUGGAAGCUUCCGAGCCAGUCAGCGAGGAACCCUCAGUUGAGAUCAUGGAAAAUGUCCCAUCCCAGGAGCCUGACAGUCCUGUUCCUGAACAAGGGGCAACUGAGGUACCAGAAAUUUCCGCCAAUGAGGAAAAUGAGUCCGAACCAGUUGUCGAAGACAAAGAACCUAUUCAACCCAAAGAAAGCUACCCAAAUGAAGAUCCCAACCUUCCAGUCCAUGAAGAACAGCCAAUCGAAGCGCAUGAAUCUCCUGCAGCCCCGGAAGAGGUAGAGAGCGAUGAUAUCACUGGUGAUGUUGCUGCUAUCACAGAAGAUGAGACCCAAGCCAUCGAUGAACCCCAUCCACCCGCGGAAGAGGAUAAGCAGAUUAUUGAGAAUGUAGAAGCUCCAGUCGAGCCAGAUUCUAUUCCCACCGAUGAUACACCUGUUGAAACCAUGGCAGAUAAAGAACCAUCAGUGGAAGCUCCCGAAGAGGAGGGACCUCUAGAAAAAGAUGCUGAUCCCGAGUCAACACAUAUGGAGACUGUUCCAAUCGAAGAGCCUUUGACUGAAGAUCUUCCUACUGAAGAGCUCCUUGCCGAGAAUCCGCUUACCGAAGAGCCCGCUGCUGAAAUUCCUCAUACUGAAGAAUCUGCUACCGAUCCAAUCCAGGAAAAUCCAGCUGAACCAGAGCCUGAGCUCACACCAAGCGAGCCUAUUCCCGCUCCAGCCGAGGAAUCAGCUCCUUCAGAACCUCUUAUAGAACCAGAACCCAGUAAGUGUCCCGGAGGAUUUGAAUUCCUUUCAGACUGGGCUUUGGAUCCCUUACGUCGAGCUUCCCCAGAAAAUAACAAGCUUAUCGAUUUACCCCCAGCAGCCAACGGUCCCCCUUCAGAGCCUGUGGUUAUAGAAGAUAUUGCCCCUGAACCCGCCUCAGUUGAUAAUCUCGAGGAACCUGUGAUUGAAAGCAAUCCCGAGCCGGAGAGCGUUAAGACACAAAGUCCUAUUGAACCCAACCCAAUCAUAAAAACUCCCCAAGCACCUACCAAUCCGAUUGAAAAUAUGGAGGAUGGGGAACAAGCACCACCUGAGCCCGAACCUACGCAAGUUGAUGUCGUUGAACCAAUUGAAGAGAUUCAGGGCGAGGAAAAGCCUGAGGUUGUUGAAACAAUAAAGGAUGAUCCGGCAGCUCAAGAAGUAGUCGCUGAGCAAGCUGAAGAGGCUGUAGCUCAAGAGCCAAUUGAAGAAGUAGCUGUUGAGGAAGCUGAAGAGGUCAUGGUUCAAGAGCCAAUCGAGGAAGCAACCUUUGGGCAGGCUGAAGAGGCUGUGGUUCAAGAACUUGCUGGGGAGCCAGCUACCGACCAACUCCAAGAUGAUACCACUAGCGAGGCGCCAAUACUCGAUCCAUCUACAGUUGAGACUGCUAAAGAACCAGUUGUCCCGGAGCCAACCAUCGAAGCACCGAUUGAAGAACCCAUCGUCGAAGAUGUCCAGGAAUCAGUGGAGACAUCCAGUGAGCCGGAUCUCCAACAACCUGUCGAAAGUGUCCAGGAACCAUUAGUGGAAGCAUCUAGUGAACCAGAUCUCGAACAAACUGUCGAAAAAGCCAGCGUUACACCGCCAAACGAAGAGCCCGUCGCCCUAGUGGCUGAACAGCCGAUCGAUGAUAUAGUUGUUGCGGAAGCACUGCCUUUAGAGGAGCCAGUGAUAGAGGGCGCUGCUGUGGAACAAACUACGGAAACCAAAGAGGCACCCGAGGAAUCCGUCGAAGAUCUAUCAUCUGAUCCACCUGCGGCCCCAAAAGUAGAAGAAGUCCCCGGGGCUAAAGAAAUUCUACAGGAAGUCACUGAGGAGUCCCCUGCUCUCUCAGAUCCCAUACAAGAGCAAAGCGAGUCUCAGAUGGAGGACAAGCCGAAGGAAGUCGAAGACUUUGAGGCUGUUGCCCUUGCUGGACUUGCAGGUGCAGCGGCUGCCAAGGUCUUGGACGAUAAGGAAAAUGACAGUCCAAUAGCUGACCAGCCUCUGGUAAAUGAGGCGGAACGUAUUGAAAAUUGCGAGGAUAAAGGAGCUGAGUCUCCCUCGAAAUCGGACAAAUCGGAUAAAGACAGACGCAGACACAGGAGCUCGAGGCAUCACUCAUUCAGUAACCACAACUCAACCAAGUAUGGUGAAUACCCACCUUCCAGCAGACCAGAAGAACAGCCAAGACGCCGAAGACAUUCUCAUAGCCACAGAACCAGUGGCGCAACCAGUGACAGAGAAGAGGAUAAAGAGAAUUAUCGUAGCCACAGAUCUAGUCAGAAGGAAGAUGAUAGAGAGAGACCAGAACGUUCUCAUCGCCGACGAUCUGGCCAUAGGGAAGAUGAGCCCGAGCGUUCUUAUCGACGUAGGUCUGGCCGUAAAGAAGAAAAGGAAGAUAAAGAGGAGCCAACCCGUGGUAUUUCUCCAGCAAAGCAAUCUCCAGAUCGUCGAGAUAGUGCUAUUGAGGGUGUGGACGAUGAACGGGAACGUGAACGUCGUCGACGCCAUCGUAGAGACCGCAAUCGAGAGGAGCAAGAAGAACACGACAAGAAAAAGGAGGAACGCCGAGCAGCUAAAAGAGAAGCAGCAAUUAAGGCCGAAGAAGCUUUCAGAGCAGAAGAAGCACGAAAAGCUGAGGAAGAGGCACGAAAGGCUGAGGAAGAGGCACGAAAGGCUGAGGAGGCACUGCAAAAGAUAAAAUCUGAAUCCAUUCCGUUACCCGCCGCCCCAAAACGAUCAAGGUCACGAAGAGAAAGCAUUUCAAAGUCAUACUCAGUCACUCCGCAUGAAAGUGACGGUAUUCGAUCUCGACUUCUUAGUUUCAAGAAGCGUGUUCAAAGCGAAGUUACCAGUCCAUUUAUAGCAAACGACGAGCCACAUAUCAAGGAGAAGCUUACCCCCGUCACACGUUCAAGAAGAGACUCCAUCGUUGAUGAGCCGGGCCCUCAGUUCGAUGUUACACCAGAACGUACGAAAAUGAGUUCUAAUACGAGAAAGUCAUCUCGAUCAUAUCCACAUCAUUCUCACUCGUCGUCUCGCAGAGAGUCUGAACGAACUCGUAGUUCGAGGAAAGAGCCAAGUCGAGGAGAUUCUACCAGGGAGAAGUAUAAGACGGAGGAGGAGAAGGAGGCAAGAAGGGCUCGCAGGGAGAUGAAAAGACAAGAAAAGCUUGCCAAGGAAGAGGCGGAAGCAGAAAAUAUACUCCAAAGGGAGAAGGACGAUGAGUUGAGGCGUAAACAUCGUGAGGAGAGACGAAGAAGACGAGAAGAAAGAGAUAUUGAGGAACGCGAGGCCAAGGAGCGAGAAGUUGGGAAUCGAGAACUGGAGGAGAAAAGUGACAAAUCAUUGGAACCAUUCCCCGAAAACGAUGUCGACACCGGAGAAUCGAAACCUAGCUCGAGGCCAGUCACUCGGGAAAGACGACCAACAAGACACCAUUCGAAUUCUUAUAGUUCACGAGGCUCUCGUCCAGAAAUACCCACAUCCCGAGGCUCUCGUACAUUGGAAAAGCCAGCGGAAAAACCAAAGAAUGCUUUCAAGAGCUUUAUGACAUUGGGGAAAAAGGUCUUUGCUUCGGAAAAGCAUUGA